AAUUCCAUCGGUUGCGGUAUGUAAUUUUCGGUCCGGUAUUGCCUCCUUAUUUCCUUUCGUCACACGCAAGUACCGCGGUGCGUAUUGCGGCCUACAAAUGGUUGAAAGCGAUACUUAAACGUUCCCCGUGUUGGCUGUCGUUGGUUGUGUUCGUUCCUCCGUUCGGACUGGUUUGGUGCGCGAGCUGGAAUCUCAUUUGCGGACGGUAGCGGUUCCUCUAACUACGGGUAAUUGAAUGUUUCUACUAUUCGCUAGUAAUCACCUAGAUUGUGUACGCAUAGUGCUGACACGGUGAAAACACACUAGCGAGCGGUGUGACAAAUCAACGAAGCAAAUACAAAAGUGUUCUUAUCGAAGGCAGCAGCAGAGCCGGCAUAUCAUCAUCAUGAGCGGAGAACCAGAAAAGGCCAUGAAGAAGCAGAGGACGUGUCUUCAGGUGGCGACGAACGUGACAGAACAGAAGCACAAUGUGUCACGGGAGGUGCGUGGCCAAAAUCUGGGCCUGUGUCGUGGCUUCCGCGGCUGUACGGUGUGGCUGACGGGGUUGAGCGGUGCCGGCAAGACGUCGAUCGCGUUCGAGCUUGAGGCGUUCCUCGUGUCGAAGGGCAUUCCCGCUUAUGGGCUCGAUGGCGACAACAUUCGUACCGGGUUGAACAAAAACUUGGGCUUCUCGCAGGUCGAUCGCGAGGAAAACAUUCGACGCGUGGCGGAGGUGGCCAAACUGUUUGCCGACAGCGGUGUCGUGUCGAUCUGCAGCUUCGUUUCCCCGUUCGCCGAGGAUCGUGAGAUGGCGCGCAAAAUCCAUAAGGAUGCAGAUUUAAAAUUCUUCGAGAUCUACAUCGACACACCGCUGGAAGUGUGUGAAACGCGCGACACCAAGGGUCUGUACAAAAAGGCACGCCAGGGUGUGAUCCAGGGUUUUACCGGGGUGACCCAGGCGUACGAAGCACCGGACGCACCCGAUCUGCGCGUCAGCACCGAAGGUAUGACGGUGCGUGAAUCGACGCUGAGGCUGAUUAAGCUGCUGGAGGACGAGGCGAUCAUACCGAAGUUCAUUAAGGAGGACGAACCACUGCCGGAGUUGUGCGUGCCGGAGAGUUUGAAGGUGGCGCUCGAGGCAGAAGCGAAAACGUUGCCCUCGCUGUCAAUUACCGAGGUUGAGCUGCAAUGGUUGCAGAUACUGGCGGAAGGGUGGGCCUAUCCGUUGAAGGGUUUCAUGCGCGAACAGGAAUACCUACAGGCGCUGCACUUUAACUGUCUGCUGAACGAGGACGAAACGCUGCGUGUCAAUCAAUCUGUCCCGAUAGUGCUUUCCGCGACUGAGUCCGAUAAGCAGCGUCUCGAAGGGGUCAGUGCUCUUGCGCUGCAGUACAACGGACGGGUGGUGGCGGUUCUACGCAAGCCGGAAUUUUACUACCAGCGCAAGGAGGAACGAUGUGCUCGUCAGUUCGGUACCACCAACGGUGAACAUCCAUACAUCAAGAUGAUUCUCGAGUCGGGUGACUAUCUUGUUGGGGGCGAGAUCGAGGCGCUGGAGCGCAUCCAGUGGAACGAUGGACUCGACGCUUAUCGACUAACGCCGAAUGAGCUGCGAGAGAAAUUCCGCGAGAUUAAAGCUGACGCCGUGUUUGCCUUCCAGUUGCGCAAUCCCAUUCACAAUGGACACGCGCUGCUGAUGAGUGACUGUCGGCGGCAGUUGUUGGAACGUGGCUUCAAAAACCCGGUCCUGCUGUUGCAUCCGCUUGGAGGAUGGACAAAGGAUGAUGAUGUGCCACUGCCGGUGCGUAUGGCUCAGCAUCAAGCGGUGCUGGAUUCGGGAGUGCUCGAUCGCGAUCACACGGUGCUGGCCAUUUUUCCCUCGCCCAUGAUGUAUGCCGGUCCGACGGAAGUACAAUGGCAUGCUAAGGCUCGAAUGAAUGCUGGUGCUAAUCACUACAUCGUAGGGCGUGAUCCUGCCGGUAUGCCCCAUCCGGACAAGGCCCUCUACCCUGAUGGCAAUUUGUACGAUGGAACGCAUGGUGCGCGGGUGCUCAAGAUGGCACCGGGAUUGGACAGUAUAGAGAUUCUCCCGUUCCGUGUUGCGGCAUACGAUAAAUCCUGCUCACAGAUGGCAUUCUUCGAUCCGGCCCGCAAACAGGACUUUGAUUUCAUUUCCGGCACGAGAAUGCGAACACUUGCGCGCAGUGGGGAAAAUCCGCCCAAAGGAUUCAUGGAACCGAAGGCUUGGCAAAUUCUAGCGGAAUACUACCAGUCACUGCAAAAGACGCAAUAAGCCGAAAUGUUUCCAACCUCCCGGAAUGAAAUGGAACGGCGGUUCUUCGUUCUGUUUUUUUUUAUGGUCGCCAAAUCUCGUUAGGCAACACCCAGUGCACAACACACAUGCGGCGACAUUUUAUUCUUAUUUUAACUGUUUUGUUUUACGAUAUAACGCAAGCAUUGCUUUGCAAAAGCACCGAGGCAUUUCAAUUACCAUUGGUAGGACUAAUAAAUGUGGCCUGUAUCGGAACGGUACGUGGAGUGAUUACUACUACUAACAGAAGCACUGAAACAACGGGAAGAUUAUCAUCUGAAUGUAUCUUUAUUCACACAAACUUACAGAAACGUCUGCGCGUAAUAAGUAUUUAGUGUCUGUGUGCAAUAAAGGUGUGGCCAUUACAGCAUGCUCUUAAAUAAGAAACGGUUAACGGAGGAUCCUUCCGGUACCGAAUGUAAUAAGGUCCUUGCAUUAAUUUUGACUCAGUAACAUUAACGGAUUUGCCUGGUUGGGCCUUUGCCAAUGAGACCAUUCUCUCUUUACUUUCCGUACUGUAUG